AAAUACUACGCCCGCGCAUCCAGGUGAGAAGCCCUGCUCUGUGCGAUUUUCUUGAUGCGAGUGCAUUGCUGCAGUCUGCUUGCCGCUAAGUCCGACUCGUUUCCGGCUAUCGACUCUGCGAUGCAAACUACGCUGAAUGUGCUGCGGGAGAUCGACACGCACAAGGCAUUCUGCGCUGGUUUCGGGGUCUCCCUAGAAGAGCUCGAUGCGACGGAGGAAUCCAUAGAAACGACUGCUUACGGAUGCUAUCUGAUGGACAUCGGGUUGAAAGGGGACACUAUGAAACUACUGAUCGUGCUGCUGGCAUGUCUGCUGGGGUACGGUGAAGUUGGUCUGCGGCUCAAAACUGCAGAAUUAGAAGGAAACCCGUAUCGUCGAUGGAUCGAGGAUUACUCUGGCCCGCAUUAUCAGGGAGCUGUCCGCGCUGGACUAGAACUGAUUGAAGAACGCGCUCAAGCCGAUCCCCCGUCAUCUGCCCGGCUGAAGGAAUGGCUGAUGGUCUGGGACCAGUGCACUCGCCUCGAGACGGCGUUUUGGGCGAUGGGGUUGAACGCUGCCCAGGCGGAUCAGUGAGACAUCGUCGAAUUUUUCAUGCUAGAGGCCCCUGUUACCUGUCUUGCGCUUGACCACACCCAAAUAUGACUCUGUUGACCAACUCGAACGCUGCUCGUGCGGCUUCGGAUGCUGCAACCAGAAAGUCGAUCCCGUCGGAGAACGCGCCGACCAGUCCAUCUCCGAGAGCAGCAGGAUUCCGAGAGCUCUCGAGAUGCGAGAAUCUUCCGGAUCCAUUAGCGGCGUCCAACCGCGAUCAGCCGAGAUGCCGA